UUUUUAUUUCCUCAAUCAAAGUUAUGAUAAUUUGGAGGAGAAUAAAACGAAAUUUUAUAUUUGCCCCCUUUGACAACUUAUUAAUUUUGCUGAUUUUUAUAUUUAUUCCUGUAUACUCGAUAGAAAAUUUGAACCCGAGACCGAGUCAAUUUAUUAAUGAAGUAGAGAGCAUUCCAAGGUUUACAAGCCCUAUCAAAACUCAGGAUAGAUUUAUUUUGCUAAAUGUAAAUUCAGACUAUAUUUUGAUUGGGGGAAGAGAUGCUUUAUAUAAUCUUUCUACAAGCAGAUUAAAUACGAAAUUAACAAUCCAAUGGAAAGCACCUGGCCAAACAAUUGAAGAAUGCCUUAUGAAGGGAAAAUCAGAGGCUGAAUGCCACAACUUCGUCAGAGUAGCCGCAAAACUCCAAAAUGGACGUAUUCUCCUUUGUGGAACACAUGCUUUUUCUCCACAAUGUCGUGAAUAUGAAUUUAUUCAAUCUGAAGAUAGAUUUGCUGAGAGAGGACAAUUUAAUGGACAAGCAAUUUCUCCUUAUGAUCCUCUUCAAAAUUCUUCUUAUGUUUAUUUACCUGAACGGAAUGAUAUUUUUGUUGGAGCAAUAUCUGACUUUAGUGCUACAGAUCCUCUUAUUUAUAGGCGAAGAUUGUCAGGUGGAGAUAGUUUACGAACACAAAAAGAUGACAGAGUUAUUGAUGAACCUAAUUUUGUUGGAUCAUUCUCUUAUGGGGAUUAUGUUUAUUUUUGGUAUAGAGAGAAAGCCUCAGAUGCUCUCGACAACAAUAGAGAAACACAAAUAUAUUCAAGAGUUGGAAGAGUUUGUGCUAAUGAUCCUGGGGGUCCUUCCCCGGCACAAGAUAGAUGGUCGAGCUUUUUAAAGUUGAGAUUAAAUUGUUCUGUUCCCGGUGAUGGAGAUAUUUCUCCUUUUUAUUUUAAUGAAAUACAGUCAAUAUCUGAUCCAAUUCCUUAUGGAGGAAAUUCUGGGGAUGCUUUAGUUUAUGCUAUUUUUCAAACUAGUCGAUCAUUACCAAUGUCAGCAGUCUGCGCUUUUCGAAUGAGCCAAAUUGAUUCGGUUUUUGAUCAUGGGAGAUUUAAGACCCAAAGAUCUCCAACCUCUUUAUGGACUCCGUCACAAAAAUUUUAUUCAAAUCCUUCUGAAAGACCAGGACAGUGUGGACCAGAUGCUUCUAAUAAACUUUCAGAUAUGGCUCCAAUUAGCAAGAAUCCUCUUAUGUAUGAGACAGUUUCAACUAUUGGAAAUAGUCCUUUGCUUGUUGAGGGUCCAAAUCGUGCUGAUUUAACAUCAAUUGCAGUUACAGCAGAUGCCCUUUCUAUUCGCCGACAGAAGCAUAAUGCUAUAUUUUUAAUAGAUUUAUCCCAAAAUGGAACAGCUGUUCUUGUUGAGACAAUUAAAGUAUUUCCAUUACUUACACCAAUUAUUGGAAUUCGUUUAUUGCCUAAUACUUCAAAUAAUAAUAUCCCUUCAUUAAUUGUUUCUUCGCUUUCUCAAGUAGCCAAUAUUCCUUUACAACAUUGUUCAUUGGCAGAAAAUUGUGGACGUUGUGUUGCCUUAAGAGAUCCGCAUUGUGCUUGGGACAUUGAAUUACGGCGCUGUAGAUUGGAAUAG